AUGAUGACGUGCCGUCUGCUGUGUGCCCUGUUGGUGUUAGCCCUGUGCUGCUGUCCGUCCGCGUGUGUGACAGUAACUGCUGUCACAAGUGAACCGCUCAAACCACCACAGGGGACAAGUCUAGGGAUCAAGUCUCCGGAUUUAAUUAUCCUUGCAGACCAGCAAGAUGUUGGUGCCGAUGCGUUAUCUCCACCAGUUAAGGCCGUUAAGGAAGGAAAACCGCGUGUGUCGUCCAAUGCAGAAAAUGGAGAAGGCGCGACUGAACAGGCAGGGUCGGAAGAUGUGGACACUAAAUCGAGAGGUUCAACGGAGAAUUCCAGUAAGUCGGUGGUAAAGAGUUCAGAGCAGAAUCCGGAAGUGCUAAGACCUAAUGAAGAGGCUAACCUCUCG